AUGUUUCGUCCUACUUUGUUCAACAGACUAGCAGUAUUUGCUAGCAGACCAAUCCAACAAGUUGCCAACUAUCAAAUCCCAGCCACAACCAGAAAAGUCAUACCAGUUUAUCAUCCAUUAAAGAAGAAGGCACCAAAGAAAGUAACAGAAGUUUAUUUAGACCAACAAUAUGCCAAACUGGAUCCAGAAGGAUGGAGACGUAAAUUAAUCACUGCAAAUUCAGAAACAAGAUUAUUACCAGGAGAUGUUGUAAGAAUUGUAUAUACAACUAGACAAAUUCCUCAAUUCUUGGGACAAAUCAUUGGUAUAAAUAAAGGAGGAGUUGAUGCUUCGUUAUUGUUGAGAAAUAAUAUCACCAAGAUUGGUGUUGAGAUGAGGGUUAAGAUUUUCAGUCCUUUGAUUCAAAGAAUUGAUGUUGUUAAGAAACCAUUCAAGAGACGUUUAAGAAAUAAACAUUAUUAUAUUAGAGGGAAUAGAUUGGAUGUUGGUGAUUUGGAGGCUGAUUUGAAGAAGGCUAGAAGAAAAAUGAGACGUUGAGAAGGUGAGGGUGCAUGAUGUGUGUAAAUAGUGAUUAUAAAGAUUUAAUUAUGAAUGUAUUUAAUUUAUCAG